CUUCUCGCGAUGUACUACGUGAAUCGUCAGUAGAGAGUCAUAAUCGCUUACUCUAAUCUCAGUGUUUAUUUCACGUUUUGUAAAUUGUUCAAACAUAUGUACUCUGGGUGACAUUUUAUAUUGCGGUUUUACUCCAUGCACUUAAACGUAAUGUGAUAAAUUCACAUGAUCUAAAUGCCAAAAAAUGACUAGCAUUUAAAAAGGCACCGAACUUACACUGUUGACCGUACGGCGGCUGCUGUGAGGGUUUCUAUAGUGACCAAUUCACCUUUGCGAUAUCCAAGUCAAGCUGCUGUUGCAUCUAUUCAGCUGGUCAAGUCUUGCUGUUGGGUUUUUGAACGUCUUUUCAUAAGGAGAUUUCGCUACAGUUACUUGCAGAAAAAAAUGACGGAUCUUGUAGCUGUCUGGGAAGUAGCUCUGAGUGAUGGUGUUCAUAAAAUUGAAUUUGAGCAUGGAACCACUUCGGGAAAACGUGUUGUAUACGUAGAUGGAAAAGAAGUAAUCCGAAGAGACUGGAUGUUUAAACUUGUUGGAAAAGAAACAUUCACAGUUGGAGCUACCAAAACAAAAGCUACCAUCAACAUUGAUGCAGUUAGUGGUUUUGCCUAUGAGUACACAUUAGAAAUUAAUGGAAAAAGUCUUAAGAAGUACAUGGAGAACAGAUCAAAGACGACCAAUACAUGGAUAUUAAAUCUGGAUGGUAUAGACUGUAGAAUAGUACUUGAAAAAGACACUAUGGAUGUUUGGUGCAAUGGGGAAAAGAUGGAAACAGCGGGAGAAUUUGUAGAAGAUGGCACUGAAACUCAUUUUACUAUUGGAGAACAUGACUGUUGCAUUAAAGCAGUCAGUAGUGGAAAAAGAAGAGAAGGAAUAAUUCAUACUCUUAUUAUAGAUGACAAGGAAAUUCCAGAAGCUGCUGAGUAACUUUAAAUAAAAAGUUGCUGUAGCAGGUAAUAAAACACAUCAAAUCCGUAUCAGGGACUUCGCAGCUGGUGUAGAAAAAACAGAGAAUUAAAGAAGGCUCUUACAGGUUCACAGCUUUGGGCUUUGCUACCUUUAGACCUUUAUUUGAUCCCCAGGUAUCUACUAAAAUAAGUGAAUAUGCAGCAGUCAGAUUUUGACUGCUUCGGAGCUCUAGAGACAUAGUGAGAAAUAUGCAUAGAGGACAUUGAUUGUAUUGCUAACUGUAAGGUGAGCCAUUAAGUAAUGUUUUCUGUAAAAUUUGUGAGAAAACUUUUUCAGUGGCAAUGCUGGAGGCUUCAUGCAGUGAUACUGCCUUGCCAUAGUUCUCUGCUCUGUAACCUUUUGCCUUUUACAUUAUGAGCCCUGUAGCAGAACUAUAUGUGUUCACAUAUUUGCAUAAACAUGUAAAGCACAGCAGAGGUGAGCUCCAUCUUGCCUUUUUUUACAAGUUUUGUAACGGAUUAAAAUGCUGCUGAAACAGGUAAUCUGCUUAUUUUAAAUUGUUUCUAAGCAGUUGUAUAACGGUGUUUGAUGCAAACAAAAGUCAUGUCAAGCUCUAAAAAGCUGUUCAGAGAUAUGUUUGUAGAGCUGUUGCAUAAAUGACAAUUCUUUCAAAAUAAUUUUCUUUGUUUAUACAGUUUUAUUAAACCAAAAACACCCAAUAGCAAUUUAGCUGUUCUAUUUAGAAAAGUUAAGUUCUAUUUUAUUUUUUGCCUUCCUUCAGUUUUAAUUGAUAUUUAUUAGCACUUGAAUGUGUGUCUAGUUACUUUGCUGUUCAUACUUUUUUUACAUCUAUUUAUGAACAAAUUUGGACAAAUAAAGCCAAUCCCCACUAGCUGUGGGCAUGCACAUUUCUGCCUUCUUAUGGCAUCAGCAGCACAACAUAAGUGGAAUGCUUAGGGGAAAAGAAAAUACACCCCUGGGAUUCCACCUAUGUUCCUGCUGGACAGUGGCAUAGAGUGCUGACUUGGUUAAAUUCUUGGGGCCUCAGGGCCAAUAGCCUAGUAACUUCCUACGAUACUACUGACUUUAACUUUCAUUUGUAGCUCUGUUACCCUCUACCUUGAUGUAGCCAUAGUUUCUAGGAUAUUUUUUCUGUCGGCUAUCAGAAAUUGUUAGCGGUCAGACUGUAGACCACAGCAGACGACUUGAUAAAUGGGUAUUAAAAUCUUAAUAGUGUUUCAUAUCAUUACUCAAAACUGUUCAUACUGUCUUUAUCUAGUCUGUUUCAUUAAUACAUGUUUUUAAGUGUGUGCACUGGUAAAGUAAAAGGUUGUCUUGUUCUCUGCCAAAAAGUAAAGUAGCUGGAAGAAAGUAAAGCAAAAUAGCCUUUACUGAGCAAAUGGUGGAGUCCCACUAGAUAAUGUGGUUCACUCAUAUGUUGUUUACUACUCCAGUGUGAUAGAUCCUGGCUACUAAAUUAUGAAGUUAUAUCCCUUUGAGGGGCACAAUACAGUGUUAUUUACUCUUAGGUUAACCGUCUUGUGCCCUUUUGAACAGUGGUUUAAUUUUACUGCAGUCCUGCACACAUGGAAUCCCUUUGUUCCACACUGGCAUUUUUGCAUAACCUAACUGUCAACUGCCCCUUUUUGCCAGUCACAUUUUCAGUCUUGUCUCAAUAGAUCUUAAAGGAAAGCACCUGUGUUCAUUGUUGAAGAAGCAUAGACACUAUGAGUGCUGUUGCUAGAUUAACAAAUAAAGAUCAUCACAUGUAUUGCCUGUUCUGCCAGUCAGCUCAGCACAAAGACCAGACAAAAGGCUGUGCAAAAGACACCACAACUGAAACAAACAGAUCCAAGGUUAGUGGUGUGAAGAUUAUGCCUAUGGAUUCUAGGUCUGGCUUUUCUUCAUAGUCUGUUUUGGUUUCAAUCCUUCACUUAGGUCCAUGUCACCUAGUAAGAUGCCAUCCUCUUGUUUUGUGUCUUUUGACCCUGUGAAGUUGAAGAGGAAAGCAUCAACCCAGGACUUACUGCUGGGAUCAAGAUCCUGCCAUCUGUAGGCGUGUUCUAAGGCAUAGAGGGGUAAAGCCCUGAAUACACUGCAGGUGACCUGAGUUUGAAUAGCUGCUUGAGUGUCUAUAAGAUCUAGUUGGAGAGGAGGGGAGUCAGCAGCCACCGCUAGUUCUGCCAUCCUGGAAGGAGGGGGACUGCUCUGCUCAUCACAUGUAUGAUACCUACGAAAAGCAGUAGGUGUUUACCCAGUGGAGCUUGAGUCUCACAGGUCAAAAAACAAGAUAACAAGCAGAAAUCCACUGGAAAGCCACACAAGGAAGAGCCAGAUUCAACAAUUAGUGCUUUCAUUCAAUUUAUUACACUAUGAACUUCAUCAGAAAAUAAAUUUCUCACCAAAGACCACCCUUUUUAUACUAAGAUUUGUAAAAAAGCACAUGACAUUUCACACCAAUGAAAAAAUAAAUAAAUAAAUCUAUCAGUUUAUGAAAGCAUCUUUUUAAGAGACAAAAUUUUCUUUGGCAGUCACAUUGUAGAUCAUUGAUUACUCUCCUGAAGAUGAGAUCGACCCAUUCUACUUUUACUGUGUGUAAUCCACAUCCUCUGGUUAAAAGUGCUAUGGCCUUUUGCAAGAAAAAGAGAUGAUAGUUGUUUGUAUAGGCCUUUUAACCAUCAAGGUCUCUUCUCCCUCCAUGUUCUUCCUUCAUAUCUUAUAAGGAAGUUUUAGACCAUGGCCUAAGGACCUCAACAGUCACGUCUUGCCCAUUAUUAUUUAGGACGUAUUUUUAGAAUUGAUCUUAAUAGGCAUUGUUCUGCAUCUGAUCAGUAUUCUUCAUCCUAUCUUCCUAUGGUAAGCAGACAUUUGUCAGAGGAGUUUGUGUGCCAUUUUAGUUUUUCCUGAACAAAGGAAGUAUGGUGAGCGCACCUCAGUGGUCACAGGUAAAAGGAUUGUAUUCCCAUCUUUUCCUUGUCCACAAGAAAUUACGUGGGUAUACUCUACUGCAGUCCUUAGCUUCAGCUGUCAUAUUAAAUAUGGGAGCUUCCUCCUGUCACCCUCCCAGGUUGUAAUGCCCUUGUUGGUAGAAAGUUACAGUAUGGGACCUGUAGGUACUGGGCACAAUGUAUUCUUGCUAAUGAGAAUUAAUUUGGGAGUGUCACUAGAAAUGUCUGUAUUUCAUUCUGGAUACUCAACACUUUCUGUACAAAAUUCUGCCUUUGGACCUUUCUUCUUCUUUUAAGAUUUUUAACUAGUGCUUUGCUAUGGUUAAGUGCUUACAGCUCAGUAGUCUCUGUGUUACUAUGUUAGGGGGACAGUUGGUGGUUUAUUCUAUUUUGAGUUGACUUUGGAAAUGUCUUAUGCCCUACCUUGCUUGCAUUACCUAAGGAUUUCUACUUAAUGGAAAAAGUCCCUUUGUCCAGUCCAGCUCAUCAGAUUUGUUAGGAUGAUAAUGAACAAUGACUAGUGUUUUCUUCCCAUGGUGAAGACUUCCAAACUCUGUGUGUCCUACUUGAUAUCCUUCCAAUUUUGGCGUGAGUCCUUCUUUACUUGCUGGAAACAUCGUAGUGACUCAGUGGUUACGGUCUCUACCUCAUAGUUCCAGGGUCCCAGAUUCAGUUCUGAUUUCUGGUUACUGUUUGUGUGGACUUUGGCUGGGUUUACUCCCACCUCAUCAAAAUAAUCUGGUUGAUUGUAUACUCUACAGCUGUCUGUGUAUAUUCCAUUUACUCUUGCCAUAGUGAUCCUGGUCAUGUUUUAAAAAGAUCUAUGAUGACCAGUUCACUUAUUUAAUUAAGAAACAAAUAAAAACUUGAAAUUAUUACAGCAACUUUUUUACAGGUCUUACUUUGAAAAGGAGUAUUAACAUCAUUUAAUACUAAUACUUGGAUAUACCAUAUCAUAACUUUGUCUAACAUUAGAUCAGAAUUUCCAAAUAAUACCUGUGGCUUGGUGCUUAGUCUUUUGGAUUUAGUCCUUAAUACAGAGUGCCUUGUUGAAAACAUUGUAAUAGAGGUUCAGUGAUUAAUAGAGCAGAACCUUUGACAGCACACUUUCAAGACCCACUUGUUGCAAGUGUUUCCAGGUACUCUGCAUGCUUCUUGAAGGUACACACAUAAGUAAAAUAUUUAAAUAUAAGAGAAAUAUGGAAUACAUGUUUGUGAGACAAAAGGAUAAUUUCUUAUACAAAUAUGAUUUUAUAUAUAUACAUGCACACACACAUAGGCAGAUAUCUGCAUUUGCAUAAGAUACAAGACAAAAGGAAUUGUUGGGCUAGGAUAUGAGUAUGGGGGGUCGAAUACAAAGAAAGUACAUUCUCAAUCUUUUUUCCUUGAAAAGUUUGAGGAGGUGCAAUUCCCUUUUGAGAUAAGCAAAUGUGAGUGCACCUGGGUUCCAUACAGUAUUGUGUCUUGAGUCUGGUGGAGUGAAGUGUAUGGGUAUUUCUAAACAGCAUGAGAGUACUUGCACAGAGUUUGAAGAGAACUCCCCUGCAUUUCCGUCUUAAAGCCCAUGAGUCAGUGGUCAUGCAAGUACUUUCAACAAAAUUUACAUCACUGUGUCAGUGCCUUGGUUCAUUUGAGAAAUUCUUUUCAUUCACAGUUUCACCAAGUCAACUUGCUAUUAAUAGCAUCACAACCAACCCUUCAUCCAUCUUAUUUCAAACUAAAAUAAGCUUGUUCUGUUAAGUUCAUACCACUGAGUGGUGCAGUUCUGACUAUUGAAUUUAUUUUACGAUAUCUCCAUAGGUUCCUUGCUGUAUUCUGAAGGAAUCAUAAUUAUGUGUUUUGGGGUAACAUACAUUUAAGUAUUGCCACAGAAAAUAUCCAGCAGGCGUGAUUGUAUUUAGCUCACUUCAGAAGAUUUCUACACCAGUGUGUUAUCUGCUUAGGAAAGUACAACUUAAGAGACAUUAAACUUUGCAAGUGCCAUAAGACAGAAUACUCUGGAGGGAUAUAGUUUGAGGGUGAAAAUCAGAAUAUUGGCAAAUGAGAUGGAAUACAUAGUGGAAGAGAAACAGGCAAUCACAAAACUAAACAAAUAAACUUCUUUUUUUUUUAAACUUUCUUUUUAUUAAUUUUCAUAAAUCAUGAACUUCUUACAUCAUGCAGAUAAUUAUACAUAAACAACACUAAAUAUUAAAACUAUAUACAAAAAAUGCUCAUAACAUUAGACUACUCUGUUGAAAUCAUUACAUUUUAUCUAAUAACUUUUUUAGUUUCAUCCAGGAUAACUUCCUAUGUGUCAUUCUUGUCGUUCUCUAAGCAAGAGUUGAAAGAUCUCUAGUACUUACUGUUUUGGCCAAUAAUGUAAAUUCAGCAAAAGAUACAAUUAUUUUGGUUUUCCAGUUUGAAGUGAUGACUUUUCUUGCUGUUGCCAAAAGAGACCAGAGAAGAUGCAUUUGUGACUUUGGUAUACAAUCUGGCAUUGGAGCAUUAAACAACAAAAGUGCACCUGUUAUUAUACACUUGUCAGUCCACAAUGCCUUCAUAAAAUCUCUAAAUUUCUGCCAAAAUGGGACAUUCACUCUGCAUUCAAGGAACAUGUGUACCCAACCAGCACAGAGACUGUCAUCACAUCUCCAACAAUUAUGACUAUUUUUAUUUGACAUUAUAGCAAUUCUCUGUGGGGUAAAGAAACUCCUGUGUAAAAACUUCCAUGUAAAUAUUUUCAAAUAUGGAGAGGAUGUUGUAUGAUUAAUUGACCGAAGUGUUAAUAAUUUAUCAUUUUCAGAAAAAUUAAAUCUGUUCAUACUUUCUAUAUAACUCCAUAAAGAGUCUUCAGGCUGUUUUAGGUCAGCUCUUAAUGUCUUGUAAAUCUUAGAUAAGGAGAACCCCAUGUUAAAUUGUGAUGUAUUUAAUUCACUUAAAAGAAAGAUUAUUUUAGGCUGUAAUAAAAUAUUAGUCACUUGGCUCA